AGGAGCAGCGGCGGCAGCAGCAGCAGGAGCGGCAGCAGCAGGAGGAGCAGCAGGAGGAGCAGGAGCGGCAGCAGCAGGAGGAGCAGCAGGAGGAGGAGGAGAGCGGUGCCAUGGAGCCCCGCGCGCUGCUGCCGCUUCUUCUACUUCUACUCGCGCUCGGCGCCCGGCUCAGCCGAGGGCUGCAGUGCCAGGACUCUAACCAACCGUGCAUCAACGGCGGCACGUGCGAGACAUUUUCCAACGGCACGGGCAUCUGCAAGUGCCAGCGCAACUUUGUGGGCAUCUACUGCCAGCUGGAUAACCGGUGCGCCAGCUCGCCGUGCCAGAACGGCGGCACGUGCAGCACCGUGGUGCGGGGUGGUGUGCCGGACUAUGCUUGCGAGUGCCCGUUGGGCUUCAUGGACCCCGUGUGCCUCACCCCCGCCGACAACGCCUGCCUCGGUGUGCCGUGCCACAACGGCGGCACAUGCCGCCUGCUCUCCCUCCACAGAUUCGAGUGCCACUGCCUCCUCGGGUGGAGUGGCAAAACGUGCGAGAAGGCCGACCCGUGUGCCUCCAACCCCUGCGCGCACGGCGGUGCCUGUCGCGCCGUGGGCUCACGCUACGCCUGCGCCUGCCGGCCCGGCUUCUCGGGGCCCAUGUGCCGCGCCGACGUGGACGAGUGCGCCGCCAGGCCCUGCCACAACGGGGGCUCUUGCGCCAACGUGCCGGGCUCGUACGCGUGCGCAUGCCCCGCUGCCUACACUGGCCGCCACUGCGAGACGGCGUACGUGCCCUGCGCCCCGUCGCCCUGCCUCAACGGGGGCACCUGCCGGCAGACGGGCGACACGGCCUACGACUGCUCCUGCCUGCCAGGCUUCGAAGGAAGGGAUUGUGACGUGAACGUGGACGACUGCCCGGGCAACCGCUGCGACAACGGGGCCACGUGCGUGGACGGGGUCAACACAUACAACUGCCAGUGCUCCCCGCAGUGGACCGGCCAGUACUGCACGGAGGACGUGGACGAGUGCCAGCUUCAGCCCAACGCGUGCCUUAACGGGGGCACGUGCCACAACACGCACGGCGGAUACAACUGCGUGUGCGUCAACGGCUGGACCGGCGAGGACUGCAGCGAGAACAUCGAUGACUGCGCCAUCGCUGCCUGCUUCAACGGCGCCACGUGCCACGACCGCGUCGCCUCCUUCUUCUGCCAGUGCCCACUCGGCAAGACCGGUUUGCUGUGCCACUUGGACGACGCGUGUGUGAGCGACCCGUGCCACGAGGGGGCCAUCUGCGACACGAACCCCAUCAACGGCAAGGCCAUCUGCACCUGUCGUGCCGGAUUCACCGGCGGCGCCUGCAACCAGGACGUGGACGAAUGCUCCAUCGGAGCAAACCCCUGCGAGCACGGAGGGCGCUGCAUCAACACCCAGGGCUCUUUCCGCUGCCAGUGCACGGCAGGUUUCACGGGCCCGCGCUGUGAAACGGACAUCAACGAGUGUAACUCAAUGCCCUGUCUCAACGACGCUACCUGCCUCGACAAGAUCGGAGAAUUCACCUGCAUCUGCAUGCCAGGUUUCGAAGGACGGCACUGCGAGAUUGACAUCAACGAGUGCCAGAGCGGACCUUGCCUCAAUGACGGAAACUGCACGGACCAUGUGAAUGGCUUCUUAUGCCGCUGCCCACCCGGCUUCACGGGGCCCAUGUGUCAGAUCGACAUGGACGAGUGCGCCAGCACGCCGUGUCUCAACGGGGCCAAGUGCGUGGACCAGCCCAAUGCCUACUUGUGCGAGUGCACAGAAGGCUUUGCAGGGCUGGUAUGCGAGCUGAACGUUAACGAGUGCCAGCCUGACCCGUGCCACCACGGCAAGUGCGUGGAUGGCAUCGCCAGCUUCUACUGCGUGUGCAGCCCCGGCUACACCGGCUUCCUAUGCGACUCCCAGCUCAAUGAAUGCCAGAGCAGCCCCUGCCAGAACGGGGGCAAGUGCGUGGAUCUGGUGAACCGCUACCACUGCCAGUGCCCCGAGGGCACUGAAGGUGUGAACUGUGAGACGAACUUUGACGACUGCGCAGGAGAUCCGUGCCAGCGUGGGAAGUGCGUGGAUGGCGUCAACGAGUACCGGUGCCUUUGCGACGCUGGCUACACUGGCCUGCAAUGUGACGUCGAGCUGAACGAGUGCGAGUCGUCUCCGUGCCACAACGACGGCUCGUGCAAGGACCUCGUCGACGCGUUUGAGUGCGUGUGCCUGCCGGGGUUCCACGGGCCGCUGUGCUACUCAGAGACUGAUGCCUGCUAUGCCAGCCCCUGUCUGCAUGGAACCUGCCUCGACCAUGGGGAAUCCUAUCGGUGCGCCUGCGAAGCGGGCUGGACAGGGCCGCUCUGCGAGGUGGACAUCGACGAGUGCGAGUCGUCACCGUGCCAGAACGGAGGCGCCUGCCAGGAGCACCUCGACGGCUACACGUGCCGGUGCCGCGACGGCUUCAAAGGCCCUACCUGCCAGAAGAAUGUGAACGAGUGCGUCUCCAACCCGUGCCUGAACCGGGGCACAUGCGUGGACGGGGUGGCCGGCUACACAUGCCUCUGCACGCUGCCGUUCACCGGCCGUAACUGUGAGGCGGUGAUGGCCCCGUGCGCCUCCCAGCCGUGCCACAACGCGGCCACCUGCAAGGAGUCGGUGAACUUGUCCUCCUUCUCCUGCGCAUGUCCUCCGGGCUGGCGUGGUGCCACCUGCUCGCUGGACAUCGACGAGUGCGCCGGCGUGCCGUGCCAGCACGGGGGGGCUUGCAUGAACACGCAGGGUGGAUUCCGGUGCUCCUGCCGCCCCGGCUACACAGGCCCCACGUGCCAGACGGACAUCGACGACUGCAGCCCGAAUCCGUGCCAGAAUGGGGGCUCAUGCACUGACAGCAUCGGCGCCUUCAGCUGCAAGUGCCGCCCCGGAUUCCGUGGGUCGCGCUGCGAGACGGAGGUGAACGAGUGUGCCAGCAACCCCUGCCGCAACGGAGGCUCGUGCGCCGACUAUGUCAACAGCUAUACGUGCCGCUGCCGGCCCGGCUUCAACGGCAUCCAUUGCGAGCACGACAUCACCGAGUGCACCGACAGCUCGUGCCUAAACGGCGGCUCGUGCGUGGACGGCAUCAACGCGUACACGUGCCUGUGCCGCGGCGGCUUCACGGGAAGCUACUGCCAGUUCGACAUCGACGAGUGCGAGUCCCAGCCCUGCCAGCACGGAGGCACCUGCCUGGACGGCCUGGGCACCUACAAGUGCACGUGCCCGCGCGGGUACACUGGAGGGAACUGCCAGGCGCUCGUGGACUGGUGCUCCUCGUCACCCUGCAAGAACAGUGGGUCCUGUGUGCAGUCGCGCACGUCAUACCGCUGCGAUUGCCACAGUGGCUGGACUGGCCUCUACUGCGACAUCCCCAAUAUGAGCUGCGAUACGGCUGCCAGAAACAAAGGCCUGUCGGUCAGCCACCUCUGUCGGCACGGGGGUCGCUGCAUUGACGCGGGCAACACACACCACUGCCAGUGCUCGCGUGGCUUCGAGGGCAGCUACUGCGAGAAGGAGGUGGACGAGUGCACCUCCAACCCCUGCCACAACGGGGCCACCUGCCGGAACUUCCUCGGGAGCUACAAGUGCGAGUGCCCCGUGGGCUACCAUGGCUUGAACUGCGACUAUGAAAUCAACGAGUGCCUCUCGCAGCCGUGCCAGAACGGCGGAAAGUGCAUCGACCUGGUGAAUCGCUUCAACUGCGUGUGCCCGCCCGGCACCCAGGGAAUCCUGUGUGAGAUCAACACUGACGACUGCAACCCGGGCCCCGACGCACCGAUGCCCGGGCCCCGGUGCUUCAAUGGGGGCUCAUGCGUGGACGGCGUGGGCAGCUUCACGUGCUCGUGCCCGCCAGGCUUCGUGGGCGAGCGCUGUGAGGGCGACGUCAACGAGUGUUUGUCCAACCCCUGCGACCCCAGGGGCUCCCUCGACUGCAUCCAGCUCGUCAACGACUACAAGUGCCAGUGCCGGCCCGGGUUCACAGGUCACAACUGCGAGGUGGUGAUCAAUACGUGCCGGCUGGAGCCGUGCCGCAACAGCGGCACGUGCAUGAUCACCGUCAACACGCCGCUGGGAUUCACCUGCCUGUGCGCCCCGGGCUACGCGGGCCAUGCGUGCGAGGACAACGCGUACACGUGUGGCAACCUGAGCUGCCGCAAUGGCGGCACGUGCCUGCUGGACCGUGCCGCGGGCCCGCUGUGCGUGUGCCCGCGUGCGUGGCGCGGCCCCGAGUGCCAGUACCAUAGCGGCGGUGGCGGAGGAAGCAGCGCAUGUGCCAGCUCACCGUGCGAGAAUGGCGCUGCGUGCUACGAGGAGGUGCGCCCACCAUUCUACCGCUGCGUAUGCCCACCCCUCUUCACAGGGCCGCGAUGCCGGGUGCUGGGCCCAAAGGUGCCCGGCGACGCCAGCUCGGGCCGCGCUCUGCCUGUGCCGCCCCCCGUGCUGGAAGAGAGCUGCCCUGUCGCCGAGUGCGAGAGCCACGCGGGCGACGGACUAUGCGACCGGGACUGCAACAACCACGCGUGUGCGUGGGACGGGGGCGACUGUUCCCUGCACUUCCCCUCGCCCUGGCGCAACUGCUCCAUUCGGCUGCAGUGCUGGCUCCGCUUCCGCAACGGCGAGUGCGACGAGCAGUGCAACUCCCUGGGCUGCCUUUUUGACGGGUUCGACUGCCAGCUCGGCAUGAAGAACUGCAACCCGCUGUAUAACGCCUACUGCACGGCACACUAUGCCGACCAGCACUGCGACCAGGGCUGCAAUAGCGACGAGUGCGGCUGGGAUGGGGGCGACUGCGCGGGCGAGGUGCCCGAGCGGCUGGCGGACGGCGUGCUGGUGCUCAUCGUGCUGCUGCCGCCUGCGCGCGUGCACAACGACUCCGCCAACUUCCUGCGCCAGCUGGGCAGCCUGCUGCAUGCCACCGCGCGCUUCAAGAAAGACACCAAUGGCCAGGACAUGAUCUUCCCCUACUACGGGGACGAGGCGAGGGGGGGUGUCGGGCCGCGCCUGGAGCGCGCGUCCCGCUCGCUUCCGCGAUUCGUCCGGGAGAUGGAGCGGCCACUGAUCGGCUCCAAGGUUUAUGUGGAGAUCGACAACCGCCACUGCUACCAGACCUCGGACCGCUGCUUCUCGAGUGCCGCCGAUGCGGCGGCGUUCCUCGCCGCGCAGGCGACACAUGGCAGCCUCCCCCUGCCCCUCCUGGGUGUCUCCAGCGAGGUGCCUGACGUGACGGCGCCGCGUGUCCAAGUCUACGUGCUGCUGGGCCUCGUGCUGCUCGUGCUCAUGGUGGUUGUGCUGCUCGGCGUGCUGGUCGGGCGCAAGCGGCGGCGCGAGCAGGGCACCCUCUGGUUCCCCGAAGGCUUCAUCCUGGGCCCCCCCUCUGACAAGAAGAAGCGCCGGGAGCCCGUGGGACAGGACGACGUGGGAAUGAAGACCUUGUCUCAGAGCUCCGUGGAGGACAGUCUUAUCGAUGGAAACCAGAACGAGGCGUGGCUGGAUGGCAGCGUGCCCAGCACCAAGCGUAGGAAGCUGGAGGAGCAGGGGAUGUUGCCUGAGGCCGAAGAGCCGGUGGACCACCGCCCGUGGACGCAGCAGCAUCUGGAGGCAGCCGACAUCCGCACGGCACCUGCACUCGCGCUGGCGCUCACCCCACCACAGGGCGAGGCUGACGAUGGCAUGGACGUGAACGUUCGGGGGCCCAACGGCUUCACGCCGCUCAUGGUGGCAUCAUUCCACGGCGGGGGCCUUGACUCGAGCCUCUGCGAUGAGGAGGAGAGUAGCGACGGCCUUUUCGAGGACGGCGCCGAUGACGGUUCGGCCAACGUCAUCACCGACCUCAUCUGCCAGGGCGCCGCGCUGCACGCACAGACGGACCGCACUGGUGAGACGGCGCUACACCUGGCAGCUCGCUACGCGCGCUCCGACGCCGCCAAGCGGCUGCUGGAUGCCGGCGCCGAUGCCAACCUUCCCGACAACAUGGGCCGCUCGCCGCUUCACGCCGCCGUGUCGGCCGACGCGCAGGGCGUGUUCCAGAUCCUCAUCCGCAACCGUGCCACGGACGUGGACGCGCGCAUGCACGACGGCACGACGCCGCUCAUCCUGGCCGCGCGGCUCGCCGUCGAGGGCAUGGCGGAGGAGCUCAUCAACUGCCACGCUGACGUCAACAAAGUGGACGACCUCGGGAAAUCAGCGCUGCACUGGGCGGCAGCUGUGAACAACGUAGAGGCCACCCUCGUGCUGCUCAAGAACGGAGCCAACAAGGACAUGCAGGACAACAAGGAGGAGACGCCGCUGUUCUUGGCAGCCCGCGAGGGCAGCUAUGAGACAGCCAAGCUGCUACUGGAUCACUUUGCCAGCCGCGACAUCACGGACCACGUGGAUCGCCUGCCAAGGGACAUCGCGCAGGAGCGGCUGCACCACGACAUUGUCCGCCUCCUGGACGAGUACAACGUCGUGCGCAACCCCUCGGGGCCCAACGGCCUCGUCUCCCCGCCGCAAGCCAACGGCGCCUACGCCCACGGCGCCAAGGCUGGAAAGAAAGGGGUGCGGCGGCCCGGCAACAAGUCGGGCGUGGCGCACGAUGCCGCCAAGUGCAAGAAGGCUCAGAAGAAAGUGAACGGCGGCAUCGCGAGCGGUGGCGGUGGCGAUGGAGCGCCGCUGCUAGGAUUGGACGGAUCGGCGUCGCUAUCUCCCGUCAACUCCGAGUCGUCGCAGUCGGAUGCGACCUCCCCAUCCUUGCUGACAUCUCCGCACGCAGCGCAUUCCCUCUACGCCUCCAUGGAGGCCGUCGGCUGCGGCCCCCCUCGCGUCGGCCACCCGAUGGCUUUCAGGAACGGAGCCAUAGCGGUGGCGUCCGGAUGGAUAAACCCCAUGCAGAAUGUGCCUCUGUCGCAGUUCGCUCAUCAAGGCCACUCGCUCGGCCUGACGUCAUCGCACCCUCAGUCUAACCACAGGGCCAUGAUGUCACCCCUGCACCCGGCCAUGAUCAAUAGCCAACAUCACCAGAUGCUGGCCUUUCAGCAGAACUUGUAUUCACCGAGAAAUAAACCCCUCAUGGAGGCUCCACAGCAUCACCCGGAGCAGGCCCGUGGCGGGGCUUUUUUUCAGUCCAAGAUGCCAAUGAUGCAGCCACAAAGCAACCUGCAGGCCGCAUCCCAACAGUCGCAACUCCUAGCAUCCAUUAGCCAAGGCAAUAUGUUUCCUUCUCUUCAACAGCAGCAUCAGCAGCAUCAGGGAAUCGCAGUGCCCAUGCAGAGUUUUGUAGGGAGCGAAUUUGGAGAAAGCUUUACUGCCAAUGACUACAAGCCCAACGAGAUGUCCCGCUCGCAGACCAGCUGCGUGCUAACGCAGACCGUGCUGCCUCCCCAGGAGGCAAAUCCCUCGGCGCAGUCGAGCCAGCUCGCCAAGCACGAGGGGGCGGCCCCCGCAGAGCAGUUCCCCACGCCGCCGUCCCAGCACAGCCGUGGCGAGGGCAGCCCCGGGCACGCGCCCCCGCCCGGCACCCCUGGCGAGCACCCCUACCUUACCCCUUCCCCCGAGACCCCUGAGCGCUGGUCCACAUGCUCGCCCCGCUCGGGGGCGUCGGAUUGGUCCGACGGCGUCUCCAGUCCGCCCGGCUUAGCCGCACGGGCACAGCGCCGGCCCGCCGACCCUCAGCAGCAGCUGCACAACCUGCAGGCGCUCAUGUAACCCGGCCUCGCGCCCUCUUCUCUCGCCCACUUCGCUCCUUCUCUCCCAAACGGCAUGUGCCGCCGGUCCCGUGACGUGUGGCUACCCCCUGCGUCGCCGUAGCAACGGCGGUGAUGCGGCGGGAGAUGGCGUGGCGGAGGGUCGCGGAGCCACGGGUUUGUUUAUUUCGGACCGGUGGCGGUUGUGGUUUGUCGUUCACACCAAAAUCCCCGCGCGCUCAUUCUGCCUGCAUCCUCCAAAGAUGGAAUAUCUGCUUCCGAUGCCGGCAGAAUCUGACCGUCUCCCACCUUGUGAGCGAGCGUCGAGUCGGUAGCUGUGAUUGCUGCUGUAGGGGGUCGCGUUGCUACCGCUGCUGCUGUUUUAAGAGCUUGCGUGGGGGCAAGGUUAAACUUGCACGUUCAGUUAAAAUAUUUCACCCGGGAAUGUAUGUACGUUGGACUUCUUUCGCAUUGUACGUAGCCAAUCGUAGGUGCGGGGGAAGGACAACAAAAAUGGCUCAAGAUGGAACAUCUCGUUUGCAAGGGGGUCCCGGCUGCCGUUUUGACACGUGCAUAGCGAACACGAGAUUACACGGAGGCAAACAUGUUACGUAUUCAGUUAGUUAAAAAAAAGUUUCACUUAGUUAAUUUUUGCACAAAUCCUGAGGGCGAUCGGACGCAGCAAGUGGUACGGCCAAUCACAGCAUCCCGUGCUCGUAAUUUAUGCGACACAAUGCAGGCGUUUUGAAUUUAUUUCCGUCAUGGUUUACGAUUUUUCUGUUUAGCUGUGGUACCGGCGUAGAUGUGUCUUAUCAGAGCAUGCACAAGCAUUUCUGUUGUUGUUAAUUUGAAAUGGAUCAAGGCGUGGGAGUGGAGAGGCCCGCCUGCUGUCUCGCGAUGGGAGAGUGGUCGAUCUUCUGCUGCUGCUGCUUUUGCAGCUGCUGCUGCAGCUGCACCCUGCCGCGUGCCGUAUCCCGGUCGAGUUGUUUCCCACAGUACGCGGACGGUCGGUCGGUCAUCGCGAUGAGCACACGUGCAUCAAAAAAACUCAAACUGCUCUGCAAACAAAUAAUUUCCAACUCGGAUGAAUAUUGUUUUAAGCUAUGAUAAUAAUUGUGUUUUUUAAUGAAGCUCGUUCAUGCAAAUCGCCUCUCAAGACGCUGCUGUAGAGUCUGUGGCGCGCCGUAGUAUUUCGCGCAGAGAUGCAUUAAAAACCACAGACAAAGCGAGAAGGCAGCCGGAGCUGGUGCCACCAGUUGUCCAAGCUCUGUGGUCCUUUAUUUCGAUUUUCAGCCACCUCCAUUUCGCCAAAACGCAUUGGUUUUGGACAGGGGAUGCCGGCGGCGGCACGGCCCGUGGCCCAAGUCGCGGCUCGGCUCUCGCCCAGGCGAGCCACUUCAAAGCGACGCUCAACUUGAGCCGGCUCAGAGAACGGUUCCUAGCCACGCACAGGAUGUACGUGAGCCAUGGCUGAGUCGCUUGUGCGUCUGUUUGAUGCAAUUGAGCGGCUUACGCCUGAGCUGGGCUGUGGCCAAGGUAACGGGCCCAAGUCUGCCAGGAGAAAUCACGCGUGGCCACACACACACACGCGUGCGUUCGUGCGCGCGCGGGGUUUGUGCGUGGUUACAUUAACACACACGCACCGGGUGUGUGCAGUGCUUCCUGGGCCUGGUCUCCAGUGCAUGCUGCAUCGUGUGUUGUACCGGCAGAAGGGUCACGUCUCAAAAUUGUUUAACUUGAAUGGAUUUGUCUUAAAUAGGGAAUAUAUCUUGAAAGCAAAACAAUGUCUUAUGAUCGGAGCUUAUUUACACGUGUUUGCCUUAUCAGUAAGUGUGGUUUAUGCAUCACAAUAAUGGCAUUUUUACAAACAUUUUGUUUCUAAGCUAGCUUAUGUAACCAUGUGUAAAUUAUGAUAUUGUUAUAUUCUACAUUAAAAAAAAAUGCUUGGGACAGGUAUACUUGUCGCGAGUGCACGUUACAUUGGUCCCGUGUUUGCAGUAGGUUGUCGGCCUGGUGUGAGCGUCAACGUCUCAGGCUGCGGGUGUAGCCUGUAGGGAGUCACCCUCCCGUGGGUUCGAUUGAAUCCUCCUGUGCCCUGCUCACUCACAGGUGGGACGAAUGUCCCGCAACCACGCAACCCGCGUCUGGUCUGCGCGGUGCUCUUCUCGCAAACCGUGCAGUGCUAUUCGUUAAUCUCACGGGCUGCUAGAAUGCGUGCGUUUUCUUUUCUCUCCAUAACUUGUUCCCAUCGUGCAUCUGGUAUGAACGGUACUCUUAGAAGCGCUUUUAUUGGCCGGCGUCUAUAGCCUACGGGAACCGUGCAUGUCUUGCCUCUCCGUUGUCGCUCCGAGCAAAAUACCGCGGGGAGAUGGAGAACGGUGUGGCCGUAAAGAGUCGGGCUCGAUGCACAUUCUCGAUUUAACUUGGUUUGGUACCGAGUCCCUGUGGUACCAGCGCCGCGCGCGCCCGCUUGCUUUCCCACGGUACUGUGGCAUGCGUUUAAUUGUGAACAGAUGUGCUGCUGGUCGGCUGCCAGUCGUGCUGCAGGCGCGGGGGGAGUUCCGAGCGAGGAGCAGGAGGGAGCAACUCCGUUCGUUGCUGCUCGCAGUGUGGCCAGUCGAGCUUUCCAAGGACAAUCGUGUCGCCACCAAACGUUUCUCAGUCCCCCUCCCUCAACAUACACCAAAUCACAAUGCUGAAUACCGGUACUCACUGUAUAUGACACUCAACAGAUGCUUCAGUGUACAUAAGUAAUUUGUUUCAUGUUUUUAUAUUUGGUAACUUUUUUCUUACAAAAAGAAAAUAACUCCUACUUAUUUUAGUAUCCAGCGCUGUUGACGUGGAGCACGUGUUGGUGUUUGACGGUAGUUUGUGAAUAAGAGAUUAUUUUACUGUUUAGACUUUUUUUUACUCUUAAAAUAUUUUUUUAUUACUAAACCCUGUAGAAAUGGUAUUAAAAUAUGUAUUUUGAAUUGUAAGCACCGACGUGGUAAUAAAAGUGCCUAUCAGUUGG